AUGGAGCAGGAAGUGGCAAGAGAAGAAGAAGAGAAAAAAGAAGGCUUGAUUGAGUUUUACGAUUCCUUCAAGGACAUGUUUGAGUUCUUCUGCAAGAACACAACGAUCCACGGCACCAUCCGCCUCGUGUGCUCGGACAGCAACAGGAUGAAAACAGCUUUUUGGACUCUGCUGUUACUUGCCAGCUUCGGCAUGUUGUACUGGCAAUUUGCACUUAUGUUCAGCCAGUACUGGGCCUACCCUGUCGUCCUGACCAUGUCAAUGCAUUCAGAGCCCAAGAUGUUUCCAGCAAUUACCAUCUGCAACCUGGACCCCUACAGAUUUCAACUGGUGAGUGAGCACUUGGUUCAGCUGGAUCGCAUGGCAGAGGAAUCGAUCACUUUUCUGUACGGCAUCAACACAUCAGCCAGCUUAUUCCACGCGAACGAGAAAAACAUCCACGUAAAAGACUUGUCCAGCAUGGGCAACCUCAGCAGGUCCAGCUUCAAGCUGAGCCAGAACUACUCUCUCUUGAGAAUGCCCGACCACAACAACAGGUCAGGGAAGAGGCAUUCCAGCGUGGCCUUCAAGCUGUGCAACGCCACGGGUGGGAGUUGCUUCUACAAGACCUAUUCAUCUGGGAUGGAUGCAAUUCUCGAAUGGUACAGGUUUCACUACAUGAAUAUCAUGUCCCAGCUACCGGUUAUAAUCAACAUUUCUGAUCACGAGGAGCAAAUAGAAGAUAUGGUCUACUCCUGUCAGUACGAUGGGGAGCCCUGCAGGCCCAGUGACUAUGUUCACUUUCACCACCCGGUCUUUGGAAGCUGCUAUACUUUUAACAGCAAGGGAACAGACUCUUUUUGGACAGCUACAAAACCAGGAAUUCCUUACGGACUUUCCCUUAUCCUGCGAGCAGAGCAGAAGGAUCACAUCCCGCUCCUGUCUACAGUAGCAGGCGUGAAAGUGAUGAUCCACAACCACAACCAGACGCCGUUCCUCGAGCACGAAGGCUUUGACAUCAGACCGGGCAUCGCAACCACCAUCGGCAUCCAGCAGGAUGAGGUGAAUCGCCUGGGUGGCAAUUAUGGAAAAUGCACGACCGAUGGCAGCGAUGUGAAUGUGAAACUCCUGUACAACAACUCCUACACCCUGCAGGCUUGUUUGCACUCCUGCUUUCAGCACAUCAUGGUUCAAAAAUGUGGCUGUGGCUAUUACUACUACCCGCUGCCUCCCGGUGCUGAGUACUGUGACUACAACAAGCAGCCUGCGUGGGGUCACUGCUUUUACCAGCUGUACAACAGGCUCAGAAAUCAUCACCUGAACUGUUUCGACCAGUGCCCCAAGCCCUGCCGGGAAUCACUGUACAAGGUGUCUGCUGGGACAGCCAAGUGGCCGUCGGUGAAGUCCCAGGUAGUUCACACAGACAACUGCUGGAACGGCUAUAACUCCACCAGCAACAGGAGGGAUAUUGCCAAGGUGACCAUCUUCUACCAGCAACUGAACUACCAGGCUGUGAACGAGUCUCCUUUGCUCUCGGAGAAUCUGCUUCUGUCCAGCAUGGGAAGCCAAUGGAGUCUCUGGUUUGGCUCCUCAGUACUGUCUGUAGUUGAAAUGUUUGAGCUGCUCAUAGAUACACUAGUCCUGUCUCUCCUCUUCUGCUACCAAAGGCUCAGGUCAAAGACCUUGAAAGUAGCUCGCACUCCUACCAUCCCCAGUGUGAGCUUGACCCUAGAAAACUACCGCGUUGUCCAAGACGAAGCUGGAAAAGGUGAUGAUUCUGCUCACAGUCGUCCUUCUGGAGUGACUAUUGCCGUGGACAGCAGCAGUGACCUGCACCUUCACCCACUCUCCAGCAAGACGGAAAUGCCAGAGCUUCGCCCAGAUGUGAUGCUCAACGGAUUUCGGCACACGAUGGACAGCUCUCUGGGAGGGGAGCCAAGUAGCUAA